GGGGGGCGCGGCGCCGGGCGGCGGGAGGUUUUGGCGGCAGCUGCGGAGCGCGGGGGGGACGCGGCGCCAUGAGCGUGCGGCUGAGCGAGGGGGCCAUCGCGGCCAUAAUGCGGGGGGAGGCUGUCUGCAAUCCCGUGCUGCAAGUCAUCAACACACGAGCUAUUGCUACAGGAAACGGGCCCCCUCGGUACCGGGUGCUGAUGAGCGACGGGGUCAACACUCUCUCCUCUUUCAUGUUGGCAACACAGCUGAACUCUCUGGUGGAAGAGGAACGUUUGGCAGCCCAGUGUGUUUGCCAGGUUAACAGGUUCAUUGUCAACAGCCUGAAGGAUGGAAGGAGAGUGGUUAUACUGAUGGAUGUAAAUGUCCUGAAAACUGCUGAUAAGGUUGGUGGGAAUAUUGGCAACCCAGUGCCCUAUAAUGAAGGGCAAGGGCAGCAACGUUCUUCAGCUCCAGCAGCAAACCCAGCACCCAGCAAACCCCAGCAACAGAAUGGCAGUUUGUCAGGAGCAGGUCCUGCUGCUCCCAAGUACCAUGCUCCCUCAAACCAGUUUGGGAAAGCAAGUGCUCCCAGCUCGAUGAAGACUCCGGGGGGAUCACAGGCCAAAGUGGUGCCCAUUGCCAGCUUGAACCCAUACCAGUCCAAGUGGACCAUUUGUGCUCGUGUUACCCAAAAGGGCCAGAUCCGCACGUGGAGCAACUCCCGUGGUGAAGGAAAGCUCUUCUCCAUAGAGAUGGUUGAUGAAAGUGGUGAGAUUAGAGCUACUGCAUUCAAUGAGCAAGCAGACAAGUUCUUUCCACUCAUUGAAUUGAACAAGGUAUAUUAUUUUACCAAAGGCAAUUUGAAGACUGCUAACAAGCAAUAUACAGCUGUUAAGAAUGACUAUGAGAUUACAUUCACUAAUGAGACUUCAGUUGUGCCCUGUGAUGAUGCCCAGCAUCUCCCAUCUGUUCAGUUUGAGUUUGUAUCCAUCUCUGACUUGGAGAACACACCCAAAGACUCAAUUGUUGAUGUAAUUGGUAUUUGUAAGAGCUAUGAAGAUGUCACUAAAAUCACAGUGAAAUCCAACAAUAGGGAGGUAUCCAAGAGGAACGUGCACCUGAUGGAUACAUCAGGGAAACUGGUGACAGCUACACUGUGGGGAAAUGAGGCUGAACAGUUUGAUGGGUCCAGACAACCUGUGAUAGCCAUCAAAGGAGCCCGAGUCUCUGACUUUGGUGGUAGAAGCCUGUCUGUCCUGUCCUCCAGUACAGUUGUGAUCAACCCUGAUAGCCCAGAGGCUUUUAAGCUCCGAGGAUGGUUUGACUCUGAGGGGCAGCUUCUGGAAUGUGCCUCCAUCUCUGAUGUGAGGGGUGGGCCAGCAUCUGGGGUCAACACCAACUGGAAAACCUUGUAUGAAGCCAAAUCUGAGAACUUGGGACAUGGAGAUAAGGCAGAUUAUUUUAGUUGUGUGGGCACGGUGGUACAUCUGCGCAAGGAGAACUGCAUGUACCAGGCCUGUCCCUCUCAGGAGUGCAACAAGAAAGUCAUCGACCAGCAGAACGGGCUCUAUCGUUGCGAGAAGUGCGAUCGGGAGUUCCCCAACUUCAAGUACCGCAUGAUGCUGCUGGUGACCAUUGCAGACUGUCUAGAGUAUCAGUGGGUGACUUGUUUCCAAGAAUCUGCAGAAUUCAUUCUUGGACAAAAUGCAGCUUUCCUGGGAGAACUGAAGGAAAAGAACGAGCAGGCGUUUGAGGAAGUCUUCCAGAAUGCAAACUUCAACACCUACGAGUUCAGGAUCCGAGUAAAGCUGGAGACUUACAACGAUGAGUCUCGUAUUAAGGCCACAGCACUGGAUGUCAAACCUGUGAACUACAGAGAGUACAGCAAGAGGCUCAUCUCCAGCAUCAGGAGGAAUGCACAGCUGCUGUGAGGAGGCCAGUGCUGCCAGGCUGAAGCCUCAACUGCCAGGAAAAGUCAACAGAUGAUGUGAUCCUGACUUUUGUCCCACUCGUGCGUGACAAUUUGGCAUUAGUUACACCCUGCAUGGUAGCCCAGCCUAGUGGGCUCAGUGAUGUCCUGCAUUUCUCUGAAGAUACACCCCUCCUAGGUAAGAGUGUUGCAAUGGUGUAGGCUGCUGGGCUCUAGUCAGCUGUGACAGCUCUGAAGAGGAAUCUCCAGAUGGAUUACCAAGGUCUUUAGACAAAUGUCUGAAGUGAAUUUGCUUUCUUACUAUAGGCAAAGCUGAAUUAUAUCACCCUUGUGCUUCCUCUUUGCAAGAAAGUAGUGAACCUUGACGUUUGGACUUGUUGAGCAGAGAGUAGGAGUUAGAGCUUUCACCACACAGCUCUCAGAUGUGGACCAAGGAGAACAGGUCUAUUAGGGUGAGUUAGUUCCUUUCCCUAGAUUUCAAAGGCUUUCUUUUUCCACAGGUGCCACACAGUUGUUAAUGCUUGGAAUGGCAAUAUGGUAGAAUUAUUAAUCAAAGGCAUAUCUCUUAUAUCUGAAGAAUAUCCUUCCUUCAGGGUUUAAUAGACUGAGUCAGAUGGGUCUGAUAUUAAUCAAAAUUGUCUCUUCUGAGGAAGGCAGAUAAGCAUUGACUCUUCAUCCCCCAGGGAAAUCUAGGCAACUACAAAGCAUUGCUUUAGUUUUCUCUUCAAUUAAUACUAUGGAUUUUUUACUUACUUUAGCUCACAUUUCCUGCCUAUACAUAUUUUGUAUGUUUGUGUGUUCAGUCUCUUUGGUUUUAUUUGUAAUGUUGUUAAUCAGAAGCAGGUCUUUAAAUGGGGGAAGCUUUGUUUCAAUAAACACUGUUUAAUUUCUGUGUA